UAGUUAUGUCUUGUAUUCAAAUUGACUACCAAAUCUAUUAGCUAGCUUCGAACCAACCAAGGUACAUACACAGCUCCAGGGUUCAACUACAACACGCUUCAUUUCUGGAAAAGAGAAAAGAAACUUGUUCUGAGUUGUUUUUGUUUUGGCACGGAGAGAGAAGUAUGGCUGAGGCUGUUGUUUCCUCGGUGGUCCAAAGCCUGGGAGGAUUUAUCAUUCAGGAAGGGAAAUUCUUGUGUGGAAUCAGCGAUCAAGUGAAGUAUGCACAAACCCAACUGCAGUUGAUGCGGGGCUUCCUGAAAGAUGCAGAUGCAAGACAACAAGACGAGGAAAUAGUACGCAUUUGGGUUGCAGAAAUUCGAGAUGCUGCUUAUGAAUUGGAGGAUGUCAUUGAAACUUUCGCUUUCAAAGUGGCUUCCAAGAGUAAAAAAGGUAUUAAGAGUGUUCUCAAAAGGUUUGGUUGCAUCUUGAUUGAAGGAGUUCGUCUUCAAAUGAUCGGUUCAGAAAUUGGGAACAUUACGACCAAAAUUUCUAAUUUGAGGUUGAGUUUGCAAAAUUAUAACGUGAGGGAAAUAAGGGACAGUGGAGGUGCUACUUCCUUUGAAUUGCAUGAAAAGCAACAACUGAGGCGAACUUAUUCUCAUGUUAUUGAUAGUGAUGUGGUUGGGUUGGAGGGCAGCAUAAAGGAAUUGGUCAUGCAUUUGGUGAAAGAUGAACACCGCCACCGAGUUAUUUCUAUUUGGGGUAUGGGUGGCUUAGGAAAGACCACUCUUGCGAAACAAGUUUAUCAUCAUAAUGAAGUUAGACACCAUUUUGCUUGUUUUGCUUGGGUGUGUAUAACUCAAAGAUGUCAAGUCAGAGAUGUUUGGGAAAGAAUUUUAAUUAAUCUUACAUCUGCCACAAAUGAGGAAAGAGAAGAAAUUGCAAAAUUGAAGGAUGAUGAAAUAGCCAAGAAGCUUUAUGUCGUCCAAAAAGAAAGGAGAUGUUUGGUGGUCAUUGAUGACAUUUGGACUAUUGAGACGUGGAACUCCCUAAAAGCUGGAUUUCCAUAUAAGGAAAAGUGGAGCAGAAUUUUACUCACUACUCGUAACAAAGAAGUAGCUUCUCGUGCAGAUAGGAAUGGUUUCCUCUACCAACCUCAACCACUAAAUGAUGAUGAAAGUUGGGAACUGUUAGAGAAGAUAGCAAUCUUUGGAAAGGACAUUGAUUCCGUAAUUCAUGGCAAGAUGAAAGAACUAGGAAGGAAGAUGCUUAAUCACUGUGCAGGUCUGCCAUUAGCAAUCAGAGUGCUGGCAGGACUUCUAGCUAGAAUGGAUACAAUCAAUGAGUGGGAUAUGGUGCUUAAUAAUGUUGAUGUAUGUAUAAGGAAAGGCAAAUUCCAUGAGCAAGAAUAUGCAAGUUCAUCGUGGGUGUUGGCAUUGAGUUAUGAUUCCUUACCGUAUCACUUAAAACUAUGCUUUCUAUAUUUAGGUCAUUUUCCUGAGGAUUUUGAGAUACCGGUGAAAAGAUUGACUCAAUUAUGGAUGGCAGAAGGACUUAUAUUUUCGGAAGAGCAAAAGAGAAGUUCAAUGGAGGAUGUAUCAUACAAUUGCUUAAAUGAGUUGGUGGAAAGAUGUAUGGUUGAAGUUGGAAAACAAGGUUCAGUUAGAAAGAUUAAAACUUGUCGUCUCCAUGAUCUUAUGCGACAUUUGUGCUUGUUAAAGGCAGAAGAGGAGAAAUUUCUCCGAAUUGUCAAUUCUUGGCAUGGAAAUAAGGCAAUGGUAAACAAAGAAACACCAAUAAGUAAAGCUCGAAGACUUGCUAUCUAUUUCGACAAGCAUUCUGAUAAAGUUUUUCCACCGAAUGAUGAAAGUGAUGGCCAUCUUAGGUCUCUUCUGUACUUUGUCCCGGGACCUGGGAUGUCAAUAAAUAAAAAGCUAAUAAGAUCACUUUUCAAGGAUUUCAAAUUGCUUAGAGUUUUGAAGUUUGAGCAUAUGACUAGAAAAGUAAAGUUGCCGAAUGAAAUUGGGAACCUGGUUCACUUAAGAUUUUUGAGUUUGAAGGGUAGUAAUAUAAAACAGUUGCCAUCAUCCAUUGCUAACUUGAUAUGUUUGCAAACUCUAGAUUUACGUUUUCCUGGUUUGUCAAUAAUCCCCAAUGUGAUAUGCAAGAUGGAACAACUGAGGCAUUUAUAUUUACCCCGUUAUUUCAGGGUAAGUGAUAAAUUGCACCUCACAACACUUUGCAAUUUGCAGACGUUAGUGAAUGCUUCAUGUCGGGAUUGUGAUUCAAAUCAUCUUGCUCAGUUUACCAAUCUCAGAAAAUUGUGUGUAGUUGUCCCAGGACGGUUGAAAAGGCUGGAGGAAAUGUUCACAUCUACAAGUAUCACAUUUGACCAUCUUAGGUCUCUAUCUGUAGUCAACUUACAGAGAUAUGUGGAAGUUAUAGCAAGGAUAGUAAUAAGCUGUCGUUAUAUAUACAAGCUACAUCUGGAAGGGCCAACCAUAGAAUUACCAAAUGACCUUCUGCACUAUCCAAACCUCACUAAGUUAUCGUUGGCUGCAACUUUUCUCAAGGAUGACCAGAUGGCAAUACUGGAGAAGCUUCCCAACUUAAAAAAUCUUCAUCUUGGACCAGGUACUUUUGAGGAGAACACUACAACACUGGUUUUCUCCAGAGGAGGCUUUUCUCAUCUUGAAUUUCUUUAUCUUGGUGGGAUGCUUGAAAUAGAGGAAUGGAGAGUGGAGGAAGGAGCCAUGCCUAAUCUCGCUCGAUUGCUGAUUGCACACUGUGAACAAUUAACAGCACUUCCAGAUGGGCUAAAAUAUAUUACUACCCUCAAGAAACUAGUCAUCAAGGCGAUGCCUGGGACAUUUUAUAGUAGACUUCAAGAAGGAGGAGAGGAUUUCUACAAAAUCCAACAUGUACCUUCCCUUGUACUGGGGGGAACACUUGAGGAGUUUUUGUCAUCACUAGAAAAAGUAAUCCACUGAAGGACUGUUCAUGGAUUUCAAUUAUGAUUUUAUCAUGGUUUGAAGAAGUUGAAGGGUUUCUUGAGGAUGCUAAACAUGCACUGCUUGGUGCACUGGAAAAAGAAGUAUGUACAGAAUCUCUUUGAGGUACUUCGAGUUCCCGGUCUGAAAAUUGAAAGGAAACAGAAUCGACUUCAAGUGUCUGCUACUUGGAGAGGCCUUGCCUUGAUUGGAAGGUCUGGUUCUUGUGCUUUUAUUCUGUGAAGUUGGUCAUUUCUUCAUCAUGGUAGUGCAAGAAACACAGAGGACUUCUUAUGCCUACUUCGUUUCUGCUUAAUGCUUUAGUCAUGGCUUUUAUAUCUAAAAGUUGCCGGAAAAUUGCUUAUGUGUAUAAUGAAAGUUCUUUAUAGUCUGAUUGAAUCGAAACUAACGGAAGUAUUCUUGAUCAUGAAAGUCCCAGCCAUCUGCAUUAGCCUUUAUUGAAAUGAUGUCUACAAUAAUUUUUCCUAUGGCACAUCCUUUGGCCCUUGCAAAUGUGCCAAUUUGAAAGGUAGACUUGAUCGAACUUGUCUCAUGGUUCAUUAACUCUUAAGCGAGUUGCAGACAAGAGGGAGCUAAUGAAAUAAUGUCGUUCCCAGUUGAACUUGUUAAAGUUUGUAAUGAUAAUUACCCCACAUUGUUUAUCUGUGACCCUUUGAGGUCUAAGCUCAGGGCAUUUUGCAUCUAAGGUCACCAAUUGUUUCAGAAUCCUUUUCUUGGAAGCUAUUGGGCAUACAGUAUUGUUUACUGGGCUACCGCGUGUAUUGAAUUAUUCCUUCUCCAUACUUUUAAAUGAUAAUGACUAUCAUGAGGUAGUGAGCUAUACUGGUAAUGAUUGUGAAGAAAGAAUCCAAGACAGUAACAUUAUUCAGCUUCUGCUGGUAAUUGAUUUGAUUUGUAUUCUUUUAGGUAUGAGACGGGAUGUUAAUGUUUUGAUCUAUCUCGAUGUCAGAAAAGCUUUAGAAGAGGGAAUGAAGCUUUACAUUUCAGAGAACAAGGUAAUCUUGACUGAAGGUUUUGAUGGUGUUGUGCCAGUCAAGUACUUCGAGCAAAUAGAAUCGUGGCCCGAUAGAAAGCCGAUACCUUUCUGAACCUGCAUCAGUUGGGGCGCAAUCAUUCCAUUUCUCCUUUUCGUUUUGACCCGUUGGCUGGCUACCUCAGCUUUAAUGAGAUGUAACAGUUCUCCCUUUUUGUAACACAUGUUAAGCUG